CCCAACUAAGCCCAUUUUCUACCAUUGUCAAACUACCAUACAGCGUUGAAAUGAAACCAACGCAAAACCUCAACGUCUUCUGAACAAUCUUCCAUUGAAGAAAGCAAGAAAUUUCACAAAGAAAAUGAGUUUUCUUUUUGGCAAAAAGAAAACCCCUGCAGAGCUUUUGAGGGAAAAUAAGAGGAUGAUAGAUAAAUCAAUUAGAGAAAUAGAAAGGGAAAGACAAGGUCUGCAAGCUCAAGAAAAGAAGUUAAUUGUGGAGAUUAAAAAGAAUGCCAAACAAGGCCAAAUGGGAGCUGUAAGAGUAAUGGCGAAAGACCUUAUCAGAACUCGACAUCAGAUUGAGAAGUUUUAUAAGCUUAAAUCACAACUUCAGGGUGUGGCUUUAAGAAUCCAGACAUUGAAAUCAACUCAUGCAAUGGGGGAGGCCAUGAAAGGUGUCACAAAGGCAAUGGGCCAGAUGAAUAGGCAGAUGAACUUGCCAUCCCUGCAGAGGAUAAUGCUAGAGUUUGAGAGGCAGAAUGAAAAGAUGGAAAUGGUUACCGAGGUAAUGGGCGAUGCUAUUGAUGAUGCUCUGGAAGGAGAUGAAGAAGAAGAAGAAACAGAAGAGCUUGUAAAUCAGGUGCUUGAUGAGAUUGGCAUCAAUAUUAAUAAUGAGCUGGUGAAUGCACCCUCAGCUGCUGUCUCUGCACCAGCUGCAAAGAACAAGGUUGCCCAAGCUGAAUCAACCGGGACUCAUGACGAAAGUGGGAUAGAUGAUGACUUACAGGCAAGAUUAGAUAAUUUGAGAAGGAUGUGAUUUUGAAGGUGAUAGUAAAGGAAAGCUUUGUGUUAGCUAUUUGGAUGAUAUGGACUAUGUAAGACGUGUGUGAAUUGCAAGCUGGUAUAGUAGUGAAGAAUCAGAUUUCUUUUUGUACAUAGUACGUUAGGUGCUUCAGAUAAUUUUUACUUUCCCAAGAUUUGUCGCUACUGUGUUAAACAUUCAUGUUUUCCAUUAAAAGUAGAAUGAUGACUGUUAGUGGUGUUUAAAUGGAAAAUCUUCCCGAAAAUUGAGUUAGAACAUGGAAGAGCACAUGAUUACAUAUAAACAUAAAAAAUUUCUACCUUCGGAGAACUAUAUAAUUGCUUGUUAUCUGCAAGUAAACAGAUCAGAAUGACACACUUUUAAUGAUGUACUGGUUGGAUAAGAAAUCAGGUGUUGGAAGCUGAAGAUAAACUUCUAGUAUCUAAAAGGCCAUCGAAGGAGUUCUCUAUGGUCAAUACACUGCUUUCAGAAUCUAGUCGGUGGAUUGGUGUGCGGCAAAGUGGACAAUCAGAAUGAGAGUAAACCCACAUGUCUAUACAAGAAGCAUGAAAUGAAUGCUUGCAACGCGGAAGCUGCCUAACAUAUUCAUCGUCCUCGAAGUCGGACAAGCAGACAAUACAUUCUGUUUCAGAAGGAUUGGAUAAUUCUUGACGAGAUAACUGGUGAUGUGAUGUGCGCCAUCCAAGCAUUACCAUGGUGUACACUGCAAAUGCAAUGGCAAUAGUUCCAAACAGAACAAGGCCAUAUAAGAUUACGGGCAUGAUUAGUUAUGAACGCCUGGCUCUAAAAAGGUGUGGCAGAUGAGCUUUCCAAUUGCAACAGUGGUGACUGGUGGAAAUGACUAACCAUUGUUGGUGGUGCUGUUGUUCUUCCCCUCGUAGCUGAAAACAUCUCACCCUCAACUCAUUGAAACUUCCAAAGGUUGUGGGGACUCCCUCGGUCUAUGCUCACAGGCUGUAGGAAAUCUUUUUGCUCCAAAGUUAAAUUAAAUAACUAAGAGAGAGAGAGAGAAAGAUAACAUAAUUUAUAAACUUUGCCGGCUCAGAUUCUUGAAUCUAUUAUUGAGUCCAAGAAGCCAGCAGUGGUAUUUUCCUAGGUAGUGUCACUUGAAAAGGAAGUAAUAAAUGCAAUUUUGGAGGUGGACAAGAUUUGUUUCCUUUGGAACUUUAUGAAUGAUAUUAGUAAUUUUUUUUUCCUUGGGUAACUACGGAACGUGAAAAAUAAAAUGACGACAAAAGAUUUAGAUUCUAAUAAUUGGUUUUGACAGAUGACAGAAUCUGAACUCAGAUUCCGUCCUUGUCUAUUAAUGUCUGUCCAGUGUCCUUCUGUAAUACACAAUUGUGUAGUUUUAUCUUACAAUUCAAGAGCUCAAUUGCUUUUAUUUAUUUUCUUUUUAGUAGCAUGAGUUAGUGAGGAAGUCCACUCACUGAUUACCCUCAAAUAAUGUUAUUUGUUGCUUUUUUUGCACUAGAUAUCCCUUAUUUUGGUUAGACUUUACAUUUGCAAACUAGUUUUUGAAAACCCGCAGUAUCUAUUUCUUUCUUGGAAAGCAAAGUCACCAGAGGCACCGUUUCCAAAGGCACUCCGGUACCAUAUAAAUACCGUUAAUCUCAGCAGCUUGUGGCUUGAUUUACUUAAGGAUAAGAUGAGGAAUCCCCUUGGAAAAUUAUGUUCCAUUUGUCCAUUAGUCUACUAAACAAGCAAUUAAUGAUGGACUUGAUUGCAGAAAUUGGCUGCAUUGAAAUUGGAAUCUGUCAUGAUAUCUGUUUCCGUCAACUAGCUAUUGUGCUAUAUAGAGCAAAAGGUUCUGUUACAUUUGGUUAUUUAUUGUACAAUAUAACAUGCAUUUGUAUGCUCCAAUGAAAUAUUGUACUUUAUAUUGUGUGAACUCCAGGUGCCCUCUUAAUCUGCUAUGCAGGGGCAUUCAACACAGCACAGGUGAAAUGUCAUGGGAGCUGGUUCAAAGAGCAAGGGCAACUGAUAGUCAGGUACUUGUGGCAUAUUAUACUGUCUACUAGAUUCGUUUGUGACCUUAAAGCUAUAUAAUAUGAACUCUGAGAAUUGCUUCAGAGGAAGUUAUUCGUAGCUACUUGCUCGCCUUCUCGAGAUUCUGAUGGCUGCUGCUAUAAGAUAUGGGGUCAUUCUACUCUUGUUGGAACCGUAAUGAAAAAGCUUGGAAUUAUUUGAUUCAUUUUAUUAGGAAAAUGUUUGGGAUUAAAUGCAUGGUCUUCCUAGAAAUACACUGUUUAUUCUUUAAAUUUUAAGAGAACGAAUACUGAUAACACUAAGAAAAGGUUAGAAUGAACUGAUAUUCGUGCUGAACUGUUUGGUCCGAUAAUUGCAAUUCAUGGUCCUGAAGAGACUGCGUUGGUUGCUGAGACUAAUUAUUCUGAUAUUCAUAUGGAAGGUAAUUACAGCAAUUGUUUCAAGUAAUAAUGCUCUGCUACUUCCUGUCUUACAAGUAUGAAACUUUGCGGAGAGAGCCUUCCACUUGAGAAAAUAAUGCAAGGAGAUGUAUAGCAGUUUAAGGACUUUUCUGUUAAAUACUGAAAUUAAAAGGUCUGGAAUUGCAUCAAAACAAUUCCUCAAAUUUUGAAUUUUCAA